AUGAAUAAAAAACGCAAAGUGGAUUCCGAAUGUCGUGUUUUUAACAAGGAAUGGACAGAAAAGUAUUAUUUUAUGGACAAUGGUAAAUCAAAAGCUGCCUGCUUAAUUUGUAAUGAAACAUGUGCGGUGUUCAAAGAAUAUAAUAUGAAAAGACAUUUUCUAGCAAAACAUAAAAAUUUUGGCCAACAAUUUUCGACACAAGAACUGAAAGUAAAGGCAGCAGAUAUGGUUAUAAAACUGAAACAGCAACAGCGUACCCUUAUCAAGUUUUCGUCUACCCAAGAGGCUGCUACAAAAGCAAGUUUUGUUUUAGCACACAAGAUCGCAAAAAGCAACAAGCCCUUUUCGGAUGCAGAAUUUGUGAAAGACUGCAUGGUUGACGCUAUCAACAUUGUUUGUCCAGAAGUGAAGUCAAAAAUCGAUGCAAUUCUCAUGUCACGGACAACUACCGUUCGUAGAAUAGAAGCUAUUGCUGCCAACUUACAAGAAAAUCUGUUGAAUACGGCAAAUACAUUUAAAUGUUUCUCAAUAGCUUUAGAUGAGAGCACAGAUGUAUUGGACACAGCGCAGUUACUGAUUUUUAUCAGGGGAAUUGGCAAACAUUUUUGCAUCACGGAAGAAUUGCUGUCCAUGGAGAGUCUCAAAUGCACUACCACAGGACAUGAUCUAUUCAACAGUGUUAUGCACUCUUUAGAAAAGUCACAGUUAUGUCUCGAUAAACUUGUGAGCAUAACAACAGAUGGUGCGCCGUCAUUAACUGGGAAACAUACUGGACUGAUAAAAAGAAUAAAUGACAAGAUUAAAGCUGAUUACCCACUUCAUAAAGUUCUAUCAUUUCACUGUAUAAUACACCAGGGAAGUCUUUGCAAGUCCAGGUCAGAUUUCAAACAUGUGGUGAAACCAGUAGUACAGGCAGUGAAUGUAAUUAGAUCAAAAGGAUUAAAUCACAGACAGUUUCGGGAUUUCUUGCAAGACAUAGAUUCCGAUUUCUCUGAUGUACUGUACCACACCAAUAUAUUAUAUAUGCAAAAAAUGAAUGAACUUAAUAAAAAACUCCAAGGAAAAGGAGUAUUUGCUCAUGAUUUACAUUUGGAAGUUAAAUCAUUUCAAACAAAGCUUACACUUUUCGCGAAACAAAUGUAUAAUGAAAACUAUGCUCACUUUCCCCUCCUAAAAAGUCAGUCUGUUAACGCUACAUCUGCAGAAAAGUACAGUGGACUUAUCACAGGCCUGAGAGAAGAAUUCGUCAGAAGAUUUUCUGAUUUCAAUGCCAUGGAGCAUGAAUUUGAUUUACUGAAGUCCCCAUUUUCAUAUGAUGUUGAAACGGUCGCUGACGAGUUACAGGUGGAACUCAUAGAUCUCCAAGCUGACAAUGCUUUGAAAAGCAGUUUUGAAGAGAAGUCAUUGAUUGAAUUUUAUCAAUCACUCCACCAAGAAAAAUUCAAAAAUAUCAAAGAUUUUGCGAGAAAAAUGUUUGUGAUGUUUGCAUCAACAUACAUAUGCGAGCAAACCUUUUCAUGUAUGAAGAUCAACAAAAGCAAAAACAGAUCUCUUCUAACGGAUUCAAAUCUACAAUCAGUCUUAAGAAUCAGCACAAGCAGCUUCGAGCCUGAUUUAAACAAGCUUCUGGACGCAUGCGGUAGGCUACAUCAGUCCCAUUAA